AUGCGCGCUGGCUGUAUUUACUUGGCUGCGUUUCUAUUGGGAGCCGUAUAUCCUACAGUGGUACCAUUCAGAGACUCUGUGGAAAUCGUUUUCACACCCGAAGAUAUCAGAAAAGGGACUGAUUACAUCUUGUGGAAGGUGCCCACAGUCAAAAACAACUUCAAGACCACCGUGAAACAAAAGCUAUUGAACAGGUUGUUAUCUAAAGAUCUCCAAGAAUUGAGAUUGAAUUCUCCCUAUCAAGAUGGCAGUAGUCUUGUAUCCAAUGGUGAAGUGCACUCCGUAGCUACUACAAACAAUGUAAAAGAACAGGAAGUUGCUCCAUUGAGAAACAUUCAACUCGAAGUGGAAAAACCUAAAGGUCUCGUCAACUCGGUAUUGAAAGGACCAUCAGAAACGGAAAAGACACUUGGACGCGUUCGGUACGUGGAUGAAAAGAAAGACAUAACUCGGCAAGCCUUGGAUCUCAGUGACAACCACGCAAAGGAAAAGGUUGUUCAACAAGUGCAGAAGGAAACUAAUGAGCAUGUGGGCUAUCUGAAGCCUAGUAAUAUCAAGAAUAGGAAACAUAAUUUUGAUGUAAGUCACAGGAGUCCAAAUGAAGAGGAAAGUGAGGAGGGAGGAGAAUAUUUCAGAAAGUGA